ACAAUGAGUGAAGAGCCACCGGUCACCCCCAGCUGGCUGACCCCUGACCCCACAGCAUGGGCCAGUGGAGGCGGGGGACCGAUGGACAACAGCACCAGCCUGGGGACGUUUCCACCUGAAGACUCCCUCCCACCCAGCCAGCUGCCCCUGCUGGUCAACCCUUGGGACAUUGUGCUGUGCUCAUCUGGGACUCUGAUAGCCUGUGAGAAUGCCCUGGUGGUGCUGGUGAUCUGGCAGAACCCGGCGCUCAGAGCCCCCAUGUUCCUGCUGAUCGGGAGCCUGGCGCUGGCUGACCUUCUGGCCGGCCUGGGCCUGGUGCUUCACUUCACCUGUGCCUACUUGCUGCGCUCCGACUCGGCCCAGCUGCUGACCGUGGGCCUAGUGGUGGCAUCCUUUUCCGCCUCCGUCUUCAGCCUGCUGGCAAUCACUAUCGACCGCUACCUGUCGCUGUACUACGCCCUCACGUACAACUCGGAGCGGACGGCGGCCUUCACCUACACCAUGCUCGUUCUGCUGUGGGGCCUCUCCCUGUGUCUGGGCCUGCUGCCGGUCACAGGGGUCAACUGCCUGGCAGAGGAGGCUACGUGCAGUGUGGUGCGGCCGCUGACGAAGAACAACAUUGCUGUGCUCUCCGUCUCCUUCCUGCUGCUCUUCGGCCUCAUGCUGCAACUCUACGUCCAGAUCUGCAAGAUUGUGAUGCGCCACGCUCAUCAGAUCGCCCUCCAGCACCACUUCCUGGCUGCCACACCCCACUACGUCACAACACGGAAGGGCGUGUCGACGCUGGCCAUCAUCCUGGGUACCUUUGCUGCCUGCUGGAUGCCAUUCACUGUCUACUCCCUUAUUGCUGACUACACCUACCCUCCACUCUACACCUACGCCACGCUGGUGCCUGCCACCUAUAACUCCGUCAUCAACCCGGUCAUCUAUGCCUUCAGGAACCAGGAGAUCCAGAAGGCGCUGUGGCUGGUGUGCUGUGGCUGUGUGCCUGCCAGCGUGGCCCAGCGUGCAAGGACCCCUAGUGACGUCUGA